AUGGCGUACCCCGCGAGGAACGGCGGGGGCCCUUUCUCGCCGCCCUCCCCCAAUACUAUGCCGAUGACGAACGGCCCUCCCAUGGGUAAUGGCUUCCAGAGUGGUUCGAGAAACGGCCUUGCCAGCGCGGGCAUGAUGGGCAGGAAUGGAAGUUUGGGCGGUGCAUCAUCUGGCGCAGGAAGUGACGGAAGUAUGCUCUCCCCACCCAACAGCGCCAUGCGCUUCAAUGGGGGCUUCACUGCUACCUCUAAUUCGAUGGCGAGCGAGCCUGGGAAUUCCGCUACUGCCAGCGACGCACAUAGAAUGCGUCGUCCAAGACCAGACACCGAAGAGAUCAAGCGCGUUGGGCGCAUACACUAUCAAGAACUGCUCACGUUCUUGAGGAGUCAUCUUGCCAAAGGUCAAAACGGCCCCCGGAGCAAUGCCCGCGAGAAGCUGACGCGUCUCAGCAAACAGCAAUUUACAGAGCUCAGCACUGAUGUUUACGAUGAGCUUAUGCGCCGAUUAGACAGGAGUGGCAACGACAUGCCACACCUCGCGGUGCGCGAUGAGUUUCAUCCGAAACGCAACCAGGCCAGACAAAAGCUGUCGACGUUGCCAAAGACACGCUUCAAAGACCUGUCGUCCGACGUCUUUUUCGAGCUCGAAAGGCGCUUUCCAGAGCUGAGGGACGAGUUCAGACCGGAUGCAGCUGAGCGCGAAAGGGAGGAGAAGGCGCGCGUCGACGCCGAAGCUGUGGCUGCCGAGCGCAGUCGAGCGCCACCAAUCAGUGCUCAACCUUCCACGGCGGACGUGAUCAUUCCAGCAAAGAGCACACUCGUCUCAGAGGAUAUUCCGCUGCCAUACUCCCCAGGAGGUGGCGGGCGACCGCCAGAUGAUGAGACGAGUGGCGAUACUGGUCCUCGUCCCAAGAAGGGUCACUCUUCUAGCUAUACCGAUCACUCUCGAGACUCACUCGCUUCCAACAGGGAUCUAAAUGGCGCGCCUGAUAACCGCAGCACAAUGUAUUCACAGGCGUCCAGCGUCGGCACAGGAUUUCUCAAUGGCUAUGCUGGCAGCCGAGCCACGGAGAGUGUCGCAAGCCCGAACCUGCAAUCCUCUGCCACGUUUGGCAUAGAAAAGCUACGCUCAGACUAUGAAUUCAGGAUAGCGACCCUGAAUCAGCGGCUCGGCGCUUUGGAAACUGAGAAUGCUGAACUCAAGGAAGAAGUCGAGUCAACAGCUUCCAGCGCACGGGGUAAGCUUUUAGAGGCGAACGAGCACAGAGACAAGGCUAAGAAUCUCGAGAAAGAGCUGGAUGGCCUGCGCGAGCGUCAUCGCACGCUGGAAGAGCAGCAUCGCCAACACAAAGACUUGCACGAAGAGAAGCACACCCAGCUAGAGCAGACACUCAAGGCGCUAGACGACCUGCAGCGAGAGCAUGAAGACUUGCAACACGAGCAUGAACGGCAGCGCGUCGCUAGCGGGACUGGGAAUGCGGCAGAGCUGUCGGAGCAGCUUGAUGAGCUCCAGAGAGACUAUGCACACCAAGAAGAUCUUGUCAAUGAGCUUCGCAGUGAGGUCACAUCGUUGUUGGACGAAAUCCGCCAGCUGUCCUCUCGCAACGACGAGAUGAUGGCAGAAAAAGAGUCCGAUCUUGUGGUAGUUCGCGACCUCAACAACCAGAUGCAAUCGUACAAGCGCAAGUAUGAGACGGCGAAGACGGAACUGCGCGCACUCAAGGCUACCUCGCAACUUUUCGUACAACCACCCAAGGCGGACGAAGUAAUGCCGUCGACUGAAGGAGGCGCUAUCGCAGACGUCAACUUGACCGCCUUCCAAAGCUCCAUCGAUGAGCUACUCUCGGCUGCACGAUCAAAGACGCCAGGCAAUGUCCUCCUGAGCAUGAAGACGGUGGUGCUAGCGUCAACUUUGGUCACUGACGACGUGGUCAGAUGGGAAGCUGCAAGCGGUGGAGAGCUUGCACCAGACGAGCGCGAACAGCUUGGGCUGCUGAAGAGCAAAGCCAGCAGCACGCUCAACAAUCUCAUGACCGCGUGCCGAAACCAUGCGUCCAGCCAAGGCAUGUCGCCCGUGAGUCUGUUGGACGCCGCUGCCAGCCACGUCUCUACCACCAUCGUGGAUCUGGCCAAGCUACUCAAGGUCCGAAAAGCCAGUCAAGCAGAGACAGAGGAGCUCGAAGCUACUUUCGCUCAGGGCUCGCUCCCCAACGGUCUAAGGCCAUUGCACAUAAAUGCGCUAGCACAAUCCAACAGCCGAGAGGCGCCGUUUUCGCCAACCACUGGGGCCCCGAUUCCGGAUUUCCGAGCGAGGCCUAGCCUUGACGAUCGUCUGCAGCCAAGUGCGGCCAAUGCUCCGUCUCCGAGGACGCGCUCAGGACCUGUGAUGGGCCGCUACUCGCCCGUAGGCUAUCGCCCGGACAUUGGGAGAAAGAACUCUCAAGGCGAAGGAUCCUGGCAAGGUAGUCGGCAGCGGACGGCCAGCUCUUCCUCCAACUCUAGCAAUGCAGGGGCUUCCGCCAACAUACCGGCUGUUCCCCCCAUCACACAAGAAAUGCGGCAAAAGUCAUACGCGAGCAGCACUCGACCGUCUUCUGCCGCCAACACUAGCGCGCCUCCUAGUCCUGCUGCGCUUGGCAGAUCGCCUUCAGGCUCGACACAGGCUCAGACACCCCCGUCUGGUCCGCUCGACGAUUCCGAAGAGAAUUGGGCUGAGCUUCGCAACUACAUCGAAGUGCAGACCGAGAGUAUUGUGCACGCCAUCCAGUCCUUGCUAUCGGCCAUCAGAGAAGGCGCUACUGGAGUACAGCUGAGCGAGAAUUUGGAGCAGAUCACCACUAUCGUGUCGUCCAUCGUGGCUAUCUCUAAAGACAAUUUGCCCACUGGCCCUCGCGCUGCGGAAGGCGAAAGGAUCCUGGCUGCCCUUCUAAGCGACUGUGAGAAGCUCUCUGAAAUGCAGUCCAAGCCCGUAUUCGACAAGGCGACCAAACGCACCAUGGCGUCUGCAAGCUAUGGCGUGGCAAAGGGUCUCAAGGCGCUCAACUCGCUGCUGUCGCCUCUCGAUUAG